AUGGCAAAAUUAUGGAUUAUUCAUCGAAGAACUUUGACAAAACCAAAGCAACAUUACAUUGACAUAUUGAAAAAAACUUUUUGUGAUUUGUUUCUGGAACGAGCUGAGAUGAUUCAUUUCGUUAAUCAUUCUGGAAAUUUUGGUUUUGUAAAAUCUUCUUUGUUUGAUAAGAAUGCUCCAAAUUUACAAAAAUUGAGAAAGAUUCAAUUUUUUGAAAAGGAUGAUGACUCUACUUUCAUAGAAAACAUUUCUGAUGUUGCGAAUAAUCUUCAGCACAUUAUCGCGCAAAAUAGAAGUUCUCGGAUUUCUCCUUGCGCAUGCAAAGCAUUGGCUUCCCUUAUUGAAAAUCAAGGUGCACUGCAAUAUCUUGGUAUCACUGGAUAUUAUCAAAACAUUUCAACAAUCAUUCAAUCUAUAAAAAAUUCAUGUCAAAAAUUGAAAGAACUAAAAUUCUAUACAGAAGAUAACUUUGAUGAUUCAAUCUUCUCAGAAAUGGCGAAACAUUUACCACCUACACUUCAAUAUUGGGAUAUUUCUAUCGAAGCAACUAACUAUUAUCCAUCUCCUAACGCUGUCAAAUCAUUUCUUGAAAAUAUCGCGACAAACUCUCUCAAGGAAUCAUGA